AUGUGGGCUCCACCAGCACCAGCGAACGUCACACACGGCGAGAUACUCUGGGCUUCGAACCCUGGCAGUCAAUCUAUUCCCGACCCAUGUACCCACCGCGCAGAUGAGUAUGAUUUCACUCGUUGCGACUCAAACGACGUUGGUGCUCUUCCUGACGACGUGUCCCCACAAGCCCUCAACGAGCAACAGCCUCAUUCCACCGGUCCAGGGACUGUGAGCCCUGCUACGCCUCUGGCCGUUGCAGGUGCCAUUCCACCUACGCCCGUCAUCCCGAGUAUCCCAACAGGUGGAGAUGACGUAGGACCCAUGGACGAGCCUGAUGAUGGCUCUGAUGACGACGCCCUGGACAUACUGGCACCGCGCGCUGCUGGAGUUCCAGUGAGCAGAGAGGAGUUUGAUUCCAUGUCAGCCCUUGUUCGAUCUCUGCAACGGGAAAAUCUGGAGCUGAAGAACCAGGUUGAGACUCUGCGCCAAGUUCCCUCCUCCUCCACCCGCCCUUCGAGCGAUUCGGAGACACCACGCUACCUGACAACACAACAAGCCAUGGGAGCUGCUAUUGCUGUCGCGUACAAGACGAAGGUGCCAUUGAGCCAAGACAUCGUGGCUCCAGAGUUUCAUGAGUUUUCUCAGACACUCGCGACGGCAAUGACGUCGGUACCACCUCUCCCACAUGGUCUAACUCUUGUCAUGGACGACACAUUGGAUAUUAUCAUUUUCCGUUCCCCAAACAACAGAGUCGAUUUUUGGCCGGCGCGGUGCAUUAUCCUGGGCGCCAUGGAGUUGGCGAUGGGUUACACGACGACAGCACAGAAGUGGAACCUGCGGCACGUGUACCAGUUCGACUUAGACAGGCGGGGGUACAUCCGCGACAGGCUCCAGGCUUUCAGGCACGAACUCUUGACAUCUGGCCGGGUCUCGGUGAUCAACUCCUUCAACCUUUGCAUAUCGCGCCCAGACAGGCGCCAGCAGGUGCACGGAAGCAACGCCAUCUCCAAGUUCCUGUCUGUCUUCAAACCAGUCACCGGGUCGUUCAUGCUGUUGACAUGGCACAUGAACAAGAAAGGCAUUCCGUUCGCAUGCGAUGAGUUUGUUCGAGGCAUCAUCGCCUCGUUCAGCCGUGACGGGCACUGCACGAUCGUGCUCCUCCUCAAGCACAUUGCCUUCUGGCUCUGCGGG